AUGAGGAAGACCACGAGAAGGAAAGACAAACGCAGCCAAGUUCCAGCCAAACUCAACCCCACCACUGCAGCAACAUGUCGCGUGGACAGUGGUCUCACGACAUCACAGGAGGCGAAACAGAACAAUGACGACGAUGACGAAAAAGACGAUUUCCUUGACGGAGACGAUGACGACGAUGAUAACACAACAUCCGACGUGGCUGAUAAGGGUGCUUCGAUGGAAAAGGAAGAAAGCAAAGAGAAAGAUAAAAUAAAGGGCAAGAAUCGCGAAAGUGCGAAGGGAGGCAAAGAGGCAGACGACAGCAGUCAGGAAGAGGGCAAGAAAAGGUCCAAAAACGUAAGCGAGGAGAGCGAGGACGCUGCAGACAAUGUACCGAAAGACGACGACAAUGACGAGGACGAAGACGACGACGACGACGACGAGGCGGUCCAACCAGACGGGAGCAGUUCCAACGAGGCCCUCGCAAACGCAGAGAAGUUACCCUUCAGAACUGCUGAGGAAGAAGUUGCCGGAAAGGGAGAGUCCGAGGCCGAGUUCGAGAAGAUAUCGAAGCCGAUUGAGGUCGAAAUCGUCGGGGCGGACUCCAAGCAGGCCGCGCUCAACGUGACCGCCGCGGAGAGGCUGUCAGACUCGGACCAGUUGGACACCACGGCGGCCCCAAUCGCCUCAGUGAGCGUCAAGAGGCCAAAGAAAAGCCCCGACGGCGAGCUGCACAUGAUCGCCGUCAACGUCACGUCCAACCAAAAGAGGACGCGUGUAGGAAAGCGGGGCGCCGGUCCUGGCCCCACCGUCUGUAUCGCCACCGCCUACGACGACAGCGCCUCCGCCGCCGACCACAAAGGCACCCCCGCCGCCGCCUCCUCCCCCUACGCCACCGCCGAUUACCAUUAA